GGUCUGUACACGGCUCUGGCACUCUGUGCAUUGUUACAACUGGUUGGGAAUCCUCCUGGACAAGUCCCAGAAUGACCCAGGUGCCUCUGCCCUCCAGUGGCUGAGUGGUGGCCGAGGGAUGAUCCCUGUGUCUCCCUCUUUACCGCUGCCCAGGGACAGCCCAGCCUCAGGAAUGUGUCUGCAGGUGGAAAGCACACCAUGAAAAGCUGGCACGUGACACAAAGGGAUUUAUUUGACGAUAAGGUGGCAGCUUAUCUCAAAGUAAAGACUCUCUUACUGAAACCAGCACUCAUUUCAGACUUCUCUGCUGUUAACCGAGUGUGACAGUAUCUGAGGACAUAAAGGCUGGUUCCUGCUGUUAUUCCAAAUUUACAUGGGCAACAGCGUUUAAUUAAUUUAAAAUUUACUUAGUAGUUUAUUUUCAGAGCCCUAAUGUUUUCAGUGAGUGAGAAUUAACCCCUUCCUAAACUCCUUUGGGUUUUGUCUCCUUUUUAAUUGACAAAUCGUGGCAUGUCAGCAGGAACGUGCCUGUCCCGUUUGCCCCCAAACCCAGGUGUGAAAUGCUAAGCAUGGGGGUGUCUGAAGCACUGUCUCCUGUCCCACUAGUGCAGAACUCAGGGAGGCAGAGCUGGCCUUGGAUGUCUUUCUGAAACGGGUGCAGAGAGGGACUGCACUGGGAUGGAACCUCUGCUCUUUUUUUCCUGUUAAAAACGUGUUAUUUCUGCCAGUUCUCUGUGGCACAAGGGCAGGGGGGUUGUGUAGGAGGAAGAACUCUGAUGGAAACCUUGGCAGGACUGCAUACACCUCUGACAGCUGCUAUCUAUCCAACACUUGUAAUUUGUACAUGACCCUCCUCGGGGUUAAGUGCAGGUGGCCUGUCCACCCGAGUCAGGGCCGGUGAUUUUUGUCUUAGUCGGUAAUUUCGAUGGCAGUCAUGAUCCUGAGCCUGCUGGUAUUGAGAUUCCCCCAUAAUCCUUCCAUUUCCCUCCUGUUUUUCCCGGCUAACCGAACUGAGCUGUCUCACUGCCUCCCUUGCAGGCUCCUUGCCCGUCCCUCAGCUGGCUCUGAGCCCCCCGUGGUCGCCCUCUGAUGUUGGGGGCCGUGCUGAAGGAUGAGGGCGCCGGGGGCUGCCUCGCUGACAAGGAGCAGACUCCUCGGAGACCUGCGGAGGAGACGUAGGAUCUUCAGGCAGGUUCUGGCAGCUGGAUCCCGAUAACAGAUAAACUCACUUGACCACCAUGAGUUGGAGCUUCCUGACCCGCCUGUUAGAGGAGAUCCAGAACCACUCGACCUUCGUGGGCAAGAUCUGGCUGACGGUGCUGAUCGUGUUCCGGAUCGUGCUGAUCGCCGUGGGGGGCGAGUCCAUCUACUACGACGAGCAGAGCAAGUUCGUGUGCAACACGGAGCAGCCGGGCUGCGAGAACGUCUGCUACGACGCCUUCGCCCCCCUCUCGCACGUCCGCUUCUGGGUCUUCCAGAUCAUCCUGGUGGCCACCCCCUCCGUGCUGUACCUGGGCUACGCCAUCCACAAGAUCGCCCGGCUGGUGGAGCAGGGCGAGGCCGGCAGGAGGGGCCGCAGGAGGAGCCUGCCCGUGCGCUGGAAGCAGCACCGCGGCCUGGAGGAGGCCGAGGGCGACCACGAGGAGGACCCGAUGAUGUACCCGGAGAUGGAGGUGGAGAGCGUCCGGGACAGCAAGGAGAAGCAGAGCCCCGCCAAGGCCAAGCACGACGGCCGGCGGCAGAUCCGGGAGGACGGGCUCAUGAGGAUCUACGUGCUGCAGCUCCUGGCCAGGGCCCUGUUCGAGGUCGGCUUCCUGGUGGGGCAGUACUUCCUGUACGGCUUCCAGGUGAACCCCGUGUUCGUGUGCGGCAGGAAGCCCUGCCCGCACAGGGUGGACUGCUUCAUCUCCAGGCCCACCGAGAAGACCAUCUUCCUGCUGAUCAUGUACGGGGUGAGCUGCAUGUGCCUGCUGCUGAACGUCUGGGAGAUGCUGCACUUGGGCUUCGGCACCAUCCGCGACACGCUCAACAGCAAGAGGAAGGAGCUGGUGGACUCGGGGACCUUCAACUACCCCUUCACCUGGAACACCCCGUCGGCUCCCCCCGGGUACAACAUCGCCCUGAAGCCGGAGCAGAUGCCGUGCACGGAGCUGUCCAACGCCAAGAUGGCCUACAGGCAGAACAGGGCCAACAUCGCCCAGGAGCAGCAGUACGGCAGCACCGAGGCCAACAUCCCCACCGACCUGGAGAUCCUGCAGAGGGAGAUCAAAGUGGCUCAGGACCGCCUGGACCUCGCCAUCCAGGCCUACAACAACCAAAACAACCCCGGCAGCUCCAGAGGGAAGAAGUCCAAAGCGGGCUCGAACAAAAGCAGUGCCAGCAGCAAGUCGGGAGACGGGAAGAACUCGGUCUGGAUUUAACGCCGGCUGAGUUGACGUACUGUGGGGUUUUUUUUCCCCUAGUUUAUCAUCAUAACCAGCAGCCCCAGUCAAUAAUGGCUUCCACUAAGGGAAUAUUUGACCCUGUUUAUUUUCAGGGAUACCGUUGGCUAGUGAUUCACCCCCUGGAGAGGGUUUACACACUGACUCUGGGACUAUAGAACUUUAUUCUUUUGUCUUCCAAGUCAGGAGGCAAAUAGGUAUAUUUAAUUCAUUCUCAUUGAACGGUUUAUGCUGUAUGUACAGUAUUAUAGUACAUUUAUUAUGCACAAUUUUUUUUGUAUUUGUACACUGGAUCUGAUGUUCCACUUUUUAUAUCGACCAGGACAAGGCCAUGGGUAGCCGUUAAUUAGCAUUUUGUUAAUUUUAUUAUUGUUGUCAGCAGUUAUGUCGUUGUUCUUCCUUGUUUUCCGAGUAAAAGGUUUUUAUAAAACUUUUCUA